AGGUGACAAACACAUGCACAAAUUGGUUUCCCGUGUCUCUCACAGGCAUCUCUCUCUUUCUCUCUCUGGGCAGCGCUGGGAGCCAUCGGGCAGGUGACGGAGGAGCUGAAGGAGCUAUUGCUGUGGGCGGUUCAUUACGAGGAUGAGCCCGGGGUGCGCAUUGAGGCCUGUAACAGCAUCAUCAGCCUGGGCCUCCGCGAUCCCCACGCCCAAGCCGUGCUCAGAGAUAGGCUCAUCCUCGAGCCAGAUCACCUCGUGCGAGGGGAGGUGAAGCGAGCGAUCCAGGAGUUGAACAUCAGCACCGAGAUGGACCAGGAACUGAUCCAGAAAAUCAGGAAUCAGGUCAAUAGGCUGUGUGAGAAGGAGCUGCUCAUGUGGAAGCUGCUCAGACUGGAGGAGAUCACACAGAACAUCUCCGAGCAGUUUGAGAGGAUAAACCUGCAGAAACAGCCUGAACAGCUCAAAAAACUACAGAACGCCAGAGACUACAUAGAGCACUACCUGGACACCUCAGGGUAUCCAUUGAAAGAGAAAGUCGUUAAACCACACCCGCAGAUACAGGUGAUUUUGGAGAAGAGCAGCUCCCUGUUGACGUGCAGCAAAAAGGCGGCCAGGAAGCAGGAGGACGGGGCAGGACGUGACGAGUGGAUUGGAAUCACAGCUAAAAACCUGGUGACUCAGAAAGCCCUGGCCAGGAACCCCCUCCCCUGCUACCCACCAGAGCCACCACCAGCCUUGAAACCGUCAGAAAUGCAGGCUCAGGAAGCCAUCCUGACCAGAGCACAGUCGACUUCCCCCAGCAGCUCUGUGGUGGAGGAGGAAAUUGAGAGCCCUAUGGCGGAGGAGGCUAGCAGUGGCUCUGAGACUGAGGAGUCAGCAGAGAGCCCUGCGGGGGAGGAGGCUAGCAGUGGCUCUGAGAUUGAGGAGUCGAGAGAGAGCCCUGCGGGGGAGGAGGCUAGCAGUGGCUCUGAGAUUGAGGAGUCGAGAGAGAGCCUUGCGGGGAGGAGGCUAGCAGUGGCUCUGAGAUUGAGGAGUCGAGAGAGAGCCUUGCGGGGGAGGAGGCUAGCAGUGGCUCUGAGAUUGAGGAGACAGUAGCCAGCCCUGUGGGGGAGGAGGAACUCCCGGAAAGCUUCACUGUGGAGGAGAUCUCAGCGAUGGAGGAGCAUAGAAAGAACUCUGCAUUGGCGGAGCUGUGGGACACGUCCAUGUUGGAGUUGUUGCUCGGUAAGCCUGUGGUGGAGGAGUUACGCAGCAGCGAGGUGGUGGAGGAACCACUAAAGCAAACAGUGAUGAAGAAGCUGCUCGAGAGCGCUGUGGUGGAAGAGCUGUUGAGCAGCUCUGUGGUGGAGAAAUCAAACAAGUCACUUCUCGGGAAAAAGAGCAGCUCCAUGGAGAGGACAGUGAGCUCUGAGGCGGAGGAGAGGACAGUGAGCUUUGAGGCUGAGGAGAGGAGAGUGAGCUCUGGGGAGAGGACAGUGAGGUGGAGGAGGACAGUGAGCUUUGAGGCGGAGGAGAGGAGAGUGAGCUCUGGGGUGGAGGAGAGGACAGUGAGCUUUAAGGAGGAGAGGACAGUGAGCUCUGGGAUGAGAACUCCAGAGGAUUGAGUGUGAAUCUAUCAGAGGAAGCAUUAAAGUGUGUUGAUAAAUCUCCCGAA